GACACCUUCAUGCAUAGCGGUCUUUAAAAACACUUGACGGAACGUUUGUUGUUCCUCGCAGCUGAAUCAGCUGAACUCUUUCGACACUUUUGAUCCUGUCUCCUUGUCUCUCCGACGUCCUAAUCGCACACUCCUGCUUUAUUUGAAGUGCAGAAAGGUAGUGCGAUUGCAAAAAUAGUUGCAUGUGUCGAAUUCGCUGUGUGAGGUAUUUGUGAUUAUUUGGGCAAUUUGAGUACAUCGUGUUUACGAAUCGAUUUCUUAUUUUUCUUUAGAUGCGAUUCGUUUAAAAAAAAAAAAAACGUUUUUUGAAGGCGCUAUAAUUCACCUGUCGGUGGAGUAAAAGAGGGGAAAAAAAACGUCAAAUGCGUAAAAGCGUACGCCUAUAAAGGAUAUCUUUAAGAUAUAAUGAAACAGUCUCUCCCAUAAGAAUACCAAUCAACCAGAAACACCACGGUUUAUCCUGGAUAAUAUCAGGCGCAAGACCUACCCGACAAUUAAUGAGAAACAAUACAACAUGGCUUCAGCGUCCAGCACAAGCGCGCGUAGCUUGUUCAUCGAAUCGAAGAUGAGACUGGCGGAUAGGGUGCAGGUUAACGUCAACAACAUCGCCUCGCUCGCCAGGCAGAUACAACGAGGCUCCAGAAGCAGCGAAAUUUUAAUGCACGCAGCGAGAAAUUUCGCACAGCAGGAGCAUGGAUUGGAAACGAUGGAAUCCGGUUUGAAGAAGCUCGCACUCAUCGCUACCCACCUGGAGUAUCAUAUGGACACGAUUGACAAAAGUUCGACGAUGUUGGAAGAGGUCACCGAACAAGUGCGAUCUAUGCAACGAUAACCACGGUUGCCGCCUCUUCGAUUUUCGCCCGGAGACUCCGCGGCAUUCGACAAAUCUCCGGUUCUCCGGAACGCGAAAAUAAUCUCCGAGUGAGCGCUUUAAAUUUUGAUAAAAAUGAUAACCUUGUUGAGAAAGCAGGAUGAUUUUAUUUGGGCUCAAUGAAAAAUCUUUUGGCAAAACACUACAUGUCCGGCACAGUAUUUCUUAGAAGGUGGCAACCAUGACAAUGACAUAAUGUUGACAAAAGUAUUUAUUUCAUGUUGUAUAUAAGAGAACUAUUUAAUGCGUAUCUGCAGGAUAUAUGUGUUAUAAAUGAUAUAAUGUGAAUGUUAUGUUGCAGGAUUGAUUAUUAAUUUUAAGAACAUGGGGGAGGGGGGGCGUCUUUCUAAAUUUGGGAAAUACGACUUAAAAAUUAUUUAUA